UUUUAUUGCAUUCGGCGCAUGAAAUGUGCGAUGUUUGACCUAGGUCUUAAUAAUUGGGGUUACUGAUUUGUAAACAUUCAAUCAUCUUGUCACGCCCAUAUUCGGUUAUCGAAUAGCUUAUUACAUUUAUCUAUUUUGCAUGUGAAAAACGAAAGGUGAGAGGCAAAUGAGAUAACUAUUUGUUCGUGCAAACGGUAAAUAUAUAGGUAUAAAAUUAUACAUUGAAAAAAAACCGCUGCAUCAACAAGGGGGGCAAUAAAUUCAGGGAGCGAAUCUAAUUUUUCAUUCAACGAAUUUGGCAUCACAUUGAUCAAACAGUGUAUUCGGUGUAAAAUUAACCAAAUCCAUGAUGAAACUUACUCUCGGCUUUCUUGUUCUUCUUGCAGAUUUUGCUGUUUGUUUGAGGUCUAGAAUACCGUUCAAGUUGGAGCCUGAGGCUUUGUUGAAACGCGGGGCUAUAUUGAAGCGCCAAACAUCAUCUACUGACCCAAUACGGGUAUUACCACAGUCAUUUUGCCGACCAACACCAAUACCUAUAAAGGUCCCCUGUGAUCCUUUACACGCAUUUCCUACACAUGUUACACUAAUGCGUUGCAUGGGUGGCACGUUCGGUUUCGCAAUGGAAUGCGUAGCUGCGGUUGAAGAAAAAUUUAUCUUGAAUGCAACUCAUGUGUACAGCAGGAUGCCGAUACUUUGUCGUAUGACCAACCAUACAAAUUGUGUAGCAAAGUGCAAACCGAAUACUUGCAAUAUCGCUACCCAAUAUCUUGACCCAUAUUCAUGCCAGUGCUAUUGCCGCCACCACCCUGAUGUUUGCCUGCAGCAGGGACAGGUUUUGGACCCAAAGAGCUGUAAAUGUGUGUGCAAAAGCCUCCCGAUAGCGUGUGUUGGCGAGGAGGCUAUUAAAGUAUGGAGCGACAAGAGUUGCCAAUGUGAAUGUCGUGAUCAGAUUAAGAGAAAGUGCCUUUCAGACAACAAAAAGGUCCCUAGGCCCGAUACAUGCGUAUGUGUAUGUCCGUUGAAAAAUUGCCCGAAAGGACAAGUGGUUGACCAAACAGACUGCAAAUGCGCUUCUCCUUCCAUUUAAACUCCGUAUCAACCGUAAUUCCUACAAUAUAAGCAAAGUUAUUUUAUUCGCUCUGUAAAAAUUGAUUAUUAUUGAUUAAUAAUGUACGGUCGUUCCAAAAAGUAAAUGAAUUAAAGACUUA